AUGGACGAUGACGUGCAUAAAGAAGAUCAAAAGCCAUCGAAAUCGGAUGAAUAUGACGGAUGGGGAUUUGAUUUAUUUCCCGAAAGAAGGGGGUCAUUUAAACCAUCACUAAAAAAUAUUUUAUUUAAAGGACGUGGAAAAGAAAACAUUGAGAGAAUUAAAUGUGAAGGAAAAGUAGCAUACUGUUUGAAUAAGAGUAAGUAUAACCUUUAUUUAUCUAAUUCUAUUAAUAUCAUAUAAGUAGUUUAAUACUUUUUACUUUUUUUUUUUUUUUAAAUAGGUCCUUUGGUUAGAAUUAUGUUGGGUGCUUUAAGAAAGUCUGGUUGGUAAGUUCUAGUUUGUAAAAAUAUAACUUUUAACCUUACUUUUAAAUUCUAUGUAAAGUGAGGAAUGUAUUUUUAUUAGUGAUUUUAUGUUGUCAAAUCAAUUAUUAUAAUUUUAAUUUUGAACAUUAUUUUUUCAAAACUUACAUUAAAAUAUUUUAUGAAAUAACGAAUAACAAUUAAAAAUAUUUUAAUAGGUAGGUUCACAAAUCUUUAAGCCAAUUCAUUAUUAUUUUGCACUCACCACAUGCAUAUUUUAUGUAGUUUUAAUAAUUUUUAGCACCUAUUAAAAUAAGAAAUUGAAAUUGAUUAUUAUUAUUGUUAUUCAUAAGAUUAAAAUCAUACUGUUACAAAAUCAAUAUUAUGAUUUGUUUGCUAUUUAUUCGUAAUUGUUUUUGUAAAUGCAUUCAUAGUUGAAAUCUGUUCUUUAUGAAAGUAGUUUAGAUGUCUAUUUGAUUUAUAUUAAAGGAACUUUUAUAAGUUAAUAAGAGUUGCUAAUUUUAAUGUAUUUCAACAUUUCAAACUCUUUUUAAUUAAAAAUAUUAAAUUUUAUACAAAUACUUGUGAAGUUGAUCUUUAUCUAUAAUUUAAUAUAGUUGUAAGAUAUCCUACUAAUACAGUUAACAUAUGUAUAUGUAUUAUUUUUUUCAGUGAAAUAAGUCCAUCUCGUCAUAUUGCAUGUGAAUAUUGCGACCAAAGUGUUCAUGGUGGUUAUGAUCCAAUUAUGAAUCAAGUAUAGAAUAUUUUAUUUUUUAUAUAAUAACUACGUUUUUUUUUUUUUAUAAUUUGUUUUGCUUGAAUUAGAUAGUUAUAUGUCAAAAUACAGCCACAUCUAAGGGUACUAUCCAAGGAGUGCUCUCACAUGAACUUAUUCAUAUGUUUGAUAAUUGUACACGUAAAUUAGAUUUCCGGAAUAUUGAGCAUUUGGCUUGUACAGAAAUCAGAGCAGCAAAUUUGACUCAUUGUGGACUUAUUUCUUCUAUGCUUGAAGGACAUUCGUCGCCAUUUAAUUUUAAAAAAAAACACCAAGUGAGAAUUGAAUAAAUUUAAUUUAUUAUCUAUUAUGAAACAGUAUAACCUUGAUAAUAAAAACUAUGUGGUUGUUCUUAAAUAACUUAAUACAAGUUAGAAAACCGAAAUUCAAUUUAAGCAAUUGAAAAUAAUUUUUUGAUUUUUGUGAUUUAAAGAAAAAAAAAUUUUAUAUAAUUAGGGUUCAGAUUUUUAUGAAAUUACAUUUUUUUUUUCUGUUUAUCCAAUUUAAUGCUGACCUGGAUAUACAUUUGGUUCAUGUUUUACUGAAUCAAAAAAUACUAUUUUUAUUUAUGUAUGGUUUUGUAUUUUAAAUGCAUAUUUUAGAAUUUUAAGAAUUUAAAUGUAUAUUUCAAUACAUUUUCAAACAUUUUGCAAAAACGCAUUACAAUUUGAACAAAUUAAAAAAUCAUUGUAUCAUACUAUAAUGCUUUUCUUGUAAAUUAAUAUAUCUAUAAUAUUAAAAAAAAACUACUAAUAAAAAUUAAAUGCAUACAUUUUAUAGUUAUUUUAAGUGUAUAAACAUUUGAAUCAUGUAUAGCCAAGAAGUUUUCCCCAUAAUUGUUCACAUAAAAUUAAUCAAUGCACUAGUUAAUAAAAUUGUAUGUUUUCUUUAUAUUUUUAACUCCAGUUAAUUAAUAUUUUCUAAUGUUCUUCAUAGGUUAUUUGACUAUAAAUAAAUAAAUUUCAUUUAAAGAGUCUUCUGAGAUUUUCCAAUAAUGUUUAUAAUAUUAUGAUUGAUAUAUAAUUAAUAAUAACAAAAUCUAAAUGCAGUUUCCUGUUAAGAUUAUAUUUAGCCGUGCAGACUAAACUGAUAGCAGAGGCUAUUUUAAUUUUUUUUAGCAUAAAAUAAAUACUUAUAAACUGACAAACCUAUUACAUAUUAAUCACAUUGUAUAUUUUUAUGUAUAUUUAUUGCCAACAUAUAAUUACUGAACAAGAUCUUUAUGACAUAUAUCAAAGUUAAAUAGUUAGUUGUAACCUAAAUAUAUUUCUAUUAAAUUAACCUAAACUACCUAAUAUUUUUAAUUAAUAAAAAAAAAUUAGCCUUCAGGGGAACAGCUAUCCUACCUCCACCAUAUGCACACUUAUGUGGUUAUACUAUAUUCUUAUCUAUAACAAUUUUUGUUUCUAAUAUUAUUUUUUUAUUUGUACAUAGGAUUGUGUUAAACAUAAAGCUGUUGUUUCUGUAUUGGCUGUUAGAAAUGUCACUUUUGAACAAGCAACACAGGCUGUUGAUAAGGUAUUUGACCGAUGUUAUGCGGAUUUAGAACCAAUCGGAAGAAGAAUUAAAGGAAAACUAGUUGAUUAUGAUCUAGCCUAUGCUGAGGCUUUUCUUAUGGGUUAUGAUAUAUAA